AUGAGUGGUGAAGUUGCUCCGGCUCUUUCCACUGCCCAGACGGAUGAUACUUUCCAGUUUGAUCAGUUCCAAAGCGAGGAAACCAAGCAAAGAAGUUACUUGAAGAAACAUGAUCCAGCCAACAAAAAUGAGGUUAGACAACUACUUCGAGACUAUUAUUCGAUAGAUGAAUUGAUAGAGUUUUUACAAGGCAAAUUCAAGAAGAUCACUCUCCAGUUUCCUGAUUCCCUUGUUUGUGAUUCCAGUUAUGUUGUGCAAAUGUUGCAGGAAGGCCUUAUUCCUGAUGAAAAUAAUUCAAUAGACGCUGGGUUGGACGAUGGGAAGAAGCAUGGUGGUCAUUGUGCUACAUGUACCGAUUGCAGCUGUGGUAAAACAGAAAAGGAAAGGAAAACUACAAAAUCACAGAAAAUAGAUAAGUACGAAGUGUGGGUUUUGGCAGAUACAUCGUACAGUCCAUGUUGUGUUGAUGAAGUGGCGGCUGAGCACAUUGGUGCCGAUGUGGUUGUGCAUUUUGGAGAUUCCUGUUUAACACCAGUUCAGAAACUACCUUCUGUAUAUGUGUUUGGUAAACCCCAAUUGGAUAUAAAUGUCUUGACUUCGAAGUUUGAGGAGCAAUAUCAGGACACUGAAGAAAAUAUUCUUUUAAUGUCCGACACUAGUUACUCCUAUAUAUUAAAGCCGGUAUAUGAUGAAUUGAAGAUAAAAUACCGGAAUCUUGCCUAUGCUGAAGCGUAUAACGAAGAAAAAAGCAUCAAGAUUAUAAAUUAUGAUUUUGAGAAGCAGAAGCAAAAAGAGGGAAUAAGAUUCGGCAACAGAUUAUUAACCGGUUUACAUUCAGAAGACAUUGAUAUUAAUGACGAAGACGAAUUGAAUUCGCUCUUGCAAACUUACAGCUUGUUCCAUAUCACGCUUCCAGAACCUUCUAGAUUGCUCUUUUUAACCACCAAGUUCUCAUCGAUGGUAGUUUAUGAUCCUAAAGCUUGUACUAUCAAUAAUGGUCCUUUCUCGUCGUUAAUGCGUCGUUAUCGUUAUAUGCACGUUGCCAGAACUGCUGGUACAGUCGGUAUUCUCGUGAACACAUUAUCGUUAGAUAACACAAAGAAAAUGGUGAACAUUGUUGCAAAAUGGAUAAAGGAUGCCGAUAAGAAGUACUACAUGUUCGUAGUUGGUAAACCGAACGUGGCAAAGUUGGCUAAUUUCGAUGCUAUUGAUGUGUGGUGUAUUUUGGGAUGUGGACAAGGUGGGAUCAUUAUUGAUGAGACCAGUGAAUAUUUUAAACCGAUCAUCACGCCGUAUGAAUUGCAUUUGGCUUUAAGUCCAGAGGUUUCCUGGACCGGGAAAUGGGUGACUGGGUUUAAAGAUAUCAUCAAGCUUGCUGAAGACAAUGACGAUGAUGACGAUGACGAUUUUGUGAAUUCUGGUGAUGAGGGUAAAAUGUCAGACGAAGAUUAUGCACCAGAAUUCAGUGCGGUCACAGGUAAAUAUGUUUCCAAUUCCAGACCUUUGAGACAAAUCAAUCAUCUACAAAUUGAAUUGAAUCCAGAUGCUACAAAGACCGACAAUAACGACGACGAUGGUGGUGAUGGUAAACCGGUUAGUGGUAACCAAUUAGUCAAGAAGUUUUCGCAAACCGUGGCAAUAAAGGGAACAGUAUCAACAUCAGCUAUUCAUUUACAAUCCAGACAAUGGACCGGGUUAGGAAGUGAUUUCAAGGAUGAUGAAAACUAUGAUGAAGAUGGAGCCACCAUUGAGGAAGGUAGAUCGGGGGUUGCCAGAGGCUACGAUCAUAAUAAUAAGUCCCACAUAAUAUAG